AGUUCAAACAAAUAUCCCUCCAUCUGUCGGUGUAUCUAUUUUGUCUCUGCAAAAGCGGAAUCUCUCUAAAAUUGUAAUCAGUGGUGGCCUCUGCUUCCUCUUUCAUAUCCAGAAACUCUAAAAUGGCCGGAAAGGACUAAAUUGUAAUUUCUUAAUAUUGUGUAUAAAAAAUAAACCUUAAUUCUCAAUCAAAUCAAUCAUCAUUUGCUUCUUCAAUAAGAAAUUAUAUUCUGCGUUCUUGGGGCAUCCCCACCUUCUGAGAAGACAAUUCGGUCAUUUAAUGAAUCACAUUACAUUCGGGUUGUUUUUACCAUGAUAUUGGAUAAUGAUUGAUGGAUUUGCUAUGGGACCUCUAUUAUGAGAAGAAUAUCAGUCGGUAAUGACUCAACUGGCUGUCUUCUCAGAUCGUCAUGACAUGGAUAGCCUUUUUUUAACAUUGGCUCCAAGCUGUUUUUUGUUAAUCAGGUGAUUAGUAUAUUUAGAGCCUUGGCAGUUGGCAUACUGUCUUUCGCCUUCUUUGCAGGUUACUUUACCUCAUGGUCCUUACUUAUACAUUAAAGAUGGCCCCUCGACAUCUUCGCUUAACCUCCAAAAGAGCACCCCGGAAGCUUCUUUUUGUUAUACUUCUUGUUCUUGUUCCAAUCUGUACGAUUGCAAUCCUCACACAUGCGCAGAAAAUAUCCUAUUUUUUCCGUCCACUUUGGGACAAUCCCCCUCCUCCCUUCACACGCCUACCUCACUAUUAUGCAGAGAAUGUUUCAAUGGAACAUCUUUGCAAUCUUCACGGUUGGUCUCUGCGCACUGAACCUCGCCGUAUCUUUGAUGGCAUUAUUUUCAGCAAUGAGCUAGACAUUCUUGAGAUCAGAUGGCGUGAGCUUCAUCCCUACAUUAGUAAGUUUGUAAUUCUAGAGUCCAAUACCACUUUCACUGGUAUUCCCAAACCCUUGUUCUUUGCUUCAAACCAAAACCGGUUUUCCUUUUUUAAGGACAAGAUUGUCCAUGGUGUGUUCUCUGGCCAUGUUGCUACCCGCGAGUUAUAUGAAGACCCUUUUGUACUCGAGUCAGAGCAGCGAGCAGCUAUGAAUAGUUUGAUCCGGCGUGCCGGAAUUUCCAAUGGAGAUUUGCUGAUUAUGUCCGAUACGGAUGAGAUUCCUAGCCCACAGACACUGAAACUACUGAAAUGGUGUGACGGAAUACCUCCAGUUUUGCACCUUGAAAUGAGGCAUUACAUGUACUCAUUUGAGUUCCCUGUAGACUAUAGUAGCUGGCGUGCAUCGGUCCAUGUUUAUGGCCCUUGGACCAGAUAUCGCCAUUCCCGCCAAACUGACCUUAUUUUUGCAGAUGCUGGAUGGCAUUGCAGCUUCUGCUUUCGCCGACUCAGUGAAAUUGCUUUUAAGAUGACUGCUUAUAGCCACGCAGAUAGAGUGAGAAAAAAACGAUUUUUAAAUUACGCUAGAAUUCAGAAACUCGUGUGCAGCGGAGAUGACCUCUUCGAUAUGUUGCCGGAGGAAUACACAUUUCAAGAGUUGAUUAAGAAGAUGGGUCCGAUUCCUCGUUCUGCUUCUGCAGUUCAUAUUCCUGCAUAUUUAAUAGAGAAUGCAGAUAAGUUUAGGUUUCUUCUUCCCGGCGGCUGUUUAAGAUCACCAGAAUGAAGGGUUCUGGAGAAUCCCAAAUAGUGAGCUGAAAAUAUUCGGAAAUUAGUACAGUGUUGAACUAUGUCUUGCUCUCUUUCAAUUUUAGGCAUUGAGUAAAUAUAUAGGAAUUUCAAGUCAACGGUAUUUUGUAGCUGUUUGAGGUAGCUUUAUACUUUUAUUAUUACUGCAAAUUGAAGAAAUGGGUAGCAUUAAAUUUUGGCCUGGAUUGAAAAUCAAGAAUGGCCUUAUUUAUCA